AUGAAAUCCAGAACCAGAUGCCGCACCUCAACUUCUCCGUCAACGCCAUCCUUUUACAGAUGCUAUCUGAAGCCGGGAGCCCUAGCCCAGAUGAGGAAUUCCAAGAUUACAGCCAAAUCCAUGGCCAAAGACCCGCCCUCUCUGCUCUCCCAGAUCGAACCCACUAUUUCAUCUGAUUUAGUCGUUAAUUACGAUUCUAUGGAGCUCGUUCCUUGUUUUGCUUUCAGAUUCAAUGACCGCCGCCGCAACCAUCCCCGAUGCCUUAUCCGGAAGAAGCUCGUUCCUGUCAUGCCGGUUUUUACCGAGUCUUAG